CUCGUCUAAUAAAGAUCAGUGCUUGCAGCGCACUCUACAUAAACUUGCUCUCUUUGACUAAAAUUUGUCAGAUUUUUCACAUCGGAAACAUCAAACCAGUUACAAUGAACGCGGAAAAGUUGAAGAAAUUACAGGCUGAGGUGCGUAUUGGUGGAAAAGGAAUGCCCCGUCGCAAGAAGAAGAUUGUGCAUACAAAUUCCGCAGUAGACGACAAGAAAUUGCAGCUGUCGCUCAAAAAGCUCGGUGUGAAUACCAUUCCGGGAAUCGAAGAAGUCAACAUGAUCAAAAACGAUGGCACUGUUAUCCACUUCAACAAUCCCAAGACACAAGCCUCGCUAGCCACCAAUACAUUCGCCAUCACCGGACACAGCGAAACGAAGCAGAUUACAGACAUGUUGCCAAGUAUCAUCUCGCAGUUGGGACCGGAAGGGCUUACCCAACUGAAGAAAUUGGCCAGUGCUGCUGUUGCCGAAGACGAUGAUGAUGUGCCCGAAUUAACAGAAAACUUCGAAGAAGCGUCUAAGAAGGAGGUCGAAAACCUUACGCAGAAGGUGCAGGAGAUUCCGGUUUCAUAAGGUGACUGCAUACUUCUGUCUAUAUACAUUACUGUGCGUAUUUCGAUCCUUCGUUUGAAUAAGAAUAGUCGUUUCCUUCCCCAAACCGAACGUACGAAAAUUGCGAUUUUCUGUACUCGGCACUGGUUCAGCAUUUCAAUAAAAAGCCUAUUUCUAGGUACAUUUUUUCCGAUCAAUUCAAUCAUCGACAAGGAAGUGGAAGGUUAGUUUCGAGAUCAAUUCGAUCGGUCGAAACAUUGAUUUUUGUGACUUGUUCACACACAGUUCUUUCGUGCCUCACAUUUCCACUAGCUGUUUGGUAAACAAUUUGUCAGCCAAGUGUAGUUCUCACAAAUCGAUGAAUGCUGUUGAAAAAUCAAUAACUGCAAACUGUACUUGCCGAUGACUUGUAAAUAACAGUAAGAAGAAAAAUCACCUAAGAAAUUGAUCUAACAACAGCAGAAAGCAAAGAAUUCUUCGUUAUAAAACACAUUUUAAUAAUCAAUAAAAGGAAAGAAGAAUAGAUUUAAGUGAACAGAAAA